AGAUUUUGCAGCCGAGUUUUCCAUCCCUAAAAUCGAUCCAGGGGUAGGUGGUUUGUUUUUGAGUCCACACUUCCUCAGUCCAUAACUCCAGGAAACGUGACCUAGCAACAUAUACACCCCUGCUUACACCACAUAGUUAACCAGCCAUAAUUGGCUUGGUUCUUAUCUGCCCUGUGGUCAUGAUUUAUGGCAGUUCUGCUCUCUGGCCACCAGAUGGACUCACUGAACUGACCACAGAAUGUCGCUUUGAUCAAACAUGGUUUCCUUUUUACUUGGAAUUAAUAUCAGUUAUCUACAGGAGGUCCAUUUUACAUUUAAAUUAAUUUUACUUUUUAAUUUAAUGAGACACACCUGCAGUAUGCUUAAUUAAAAAAAGAUAAUAAUAAUGAUAAAAUCUUACAGCAGGAUUACGGUAGCCCUUAAAGUUUCUACCCCCUUGCCAAACCAUGCAAAAAACGUUCAUGGACGGAAUUUCUGCUUGUAAUUUAUGGAUAACAUGCUGAGACUGCUGCAUUUUCACCACAUUUUAACUGCUGUCUAAUGAGAGGAGGAAUUAGUGUUUUACUGAUUGAUGGAAAACAAUUAAUUCCCUCUUAAAGUCCUGCUGUACUGUCAUAAAGUCUGAACUGUAGUUUGCUCUAGUGGUCAUUUGUGUCGUUUAUGUUCCUGUGAAAUUGAACAAAAGAAAAUGCAUGUUUCAGCUCGACAGCGCCAGGUGUCCAUUGACCCCUGUGUUGUGGAUAUAUUCGGUAUUACAGAAUUAUUGCAGAAUUAGAAAAUAUGGUUCCCCUCGUUAGUAUAGUGGUGAGAUAGGACCCACUUGUUUGUGGUUGGCUAUUUUUUACUUUUGAAAGUAAUAGAUAAAAAUUCUUACAUAUUCUUCAAGUGAACAGGACAACAAGCUGCAGAUAUUUUUUGCAGUGUGGCACUCGACAGUCAGCCCUUGAUGAAAUGAAACUCAGAGUUCGAGGAAGCAGCCGAAACCAAAGGCCACAAGCAGGAUGUCAUGUGUUGAACACAACACAAGACUCAUCUGACCGAUAUGUUAACACUAACACACUGGCUACCAUAAGAAGCUCUAAAGUCAUCAGCCUGGUUAAGAUGUAGUAACUGAUGAGAUCACCUCCCCCCGAGAUAUUUCCUUUACCUCUAAAAUGUGGUCCAUUUGAUAAAAUUCUGUUCUUAACAGAUGCAUCAGUAGAUUUGGGUCAUACAUGAAGACCAAACCACAAUAUGUCAUCCCUGCCAGAGAAAUAUGAGAUAAAAAGUGUGACUCGCUUCAUCAUGAAGAUCGUUCUGCUUCUCGCUCUCCUCACAGUCAGUGAAUGUGGCAGCAUCAGCGUUGUUGGUCAAACCGGUCAGAAUGUUACUCUGUCAUGUAAAUACAACUUCAAGUACUACGGAGCGCUGGCAGUCUGCUGGGGACGAGGAGACAUACCAAGCAGUGGCUGCACCAACAAGCUCGUCUCCACAGAUGGUCGUGGAGUGAUAGAAGGAACCAGAGCUUCCAGCAGGUAUCAGUUACUGGGACGACUGGAUGAAGGAGAUGUUUCUCUGACGAUACUGAACCUCACAGAUUCAGAUGCUGGACGGUACGGAUGUAGAGUGGCAAUCCCCGGAUGGUUCAAUGAUGACAAACAUCACUUUGAUUUGACCAUUGAGACAGAUCCACAGACGAACACAUCAACUUCAAACACAGAGACGUCUACAGAGCAGCCGGCAGCCAAAUAUACAAGUACAAGUACAAGUGCAAGUGCAAGUACAGGUCACAUGAAUUUCACAGAGACACUCCUAACUUCCUCCUCCAGUAGCGUCAGUGCUGAGCAGGAGAACAGCAUUGCACCUGUGGUUCUAGUGUGUGCUCUGUUCGUGUUGAUAGCUUUGGUCACAGCAGGUGGACUCGUCAUUAUCAUCAAGAGAUGGACUCUGCUCCAUAAAACCCCUCGGCAGCAGCAGGGCAACAGUUGGGCCUGGUUCAAUUCGACUUCAUCCUCCCUGCACAUCCAUAGAUCAAGUUCGGCGGUGGAAAACGUUUACCAGAUAGACGGAGGCGGCGAUGGAGGCGAGUAUGAGUACUGCCCCUGACCUCAGUGACCCGCUGAGAAGGGAGGCAGGACAACGACAAGCCCUGGGCAACAAACAGGAACUUGUCUCGUUGAUUAAGAACCCAUGCAGGGCUCUUGCAGUCCCCCAGAUUGCCACCAUGAGGCGGUGAGGAAGAUAUGAAACUGUCCUGGUUGAAUCAGGAGGGCAAACAAUGAGAACUCACAACAUUUUUGCUCCAUUGAGAAAAAGUCUCAAAUACUUUACCCCCUUCUUCCAGAAUUAGGGUUCCCAGGCUCUCCCAGUUACAAAAGAGGAACAGCUGUGUUAAAUGCAGAAAAAUAAAUGGUGAAGUAAUAACGACUUUUGUACAGUGUUUUCUAACAAGUGUCUUAAUGAGUCUACUGAAGUUGUCACGGACAUUAAACGUCAUCACAGAGAAAACUGAGACUCAUCUUCUCACUUGUCUGUCUUUACACGCCGACUUCAGUCUCAAACUAUUCUAACUUUACAACUUGUAGAUUGAUCAGUUUAUAGAAAACCUGUAUAGUAAUUGUGUAGUAAGAGACACUUAGUGGUGGAGACAUUAAGUCACGCUAACUGCACUGCAGUCUGUUUAAACCGUAGUUUUUACCUUUAGUGAUUUAAUUUACAUUUCAAAAAUCACAAAGUGGUGCUCAUCUGUGAAGAUUGUUUGCUGACCAAAACCUUUAAGUAUCAUAAACUUUUGUUUGCCACAGAGAUUAUUUUCUGCAAUAUUCACUCAGUCCGAUUUAAAAGAUCUCAUAGGUUUUUUUUUUUGUCAAGAAACCAGGGCGACGCUAACUCCUACAAAAAUACGUCAUCCAUAAACGAGUCUAUUGGUUGAUAAUCCUGCAGACUCUAACCAAACAAACAUGGAUCCUCAUGUCAGCCAAAGACUUUUCAAGAUUAUUCAACAUAAUUGAUUGUCAUGGAUAUAUUGUUGCUGUUGACAACCAGAUGGAUUUGCUGAAGGUCUGUCUCUGUCGAAGUAUGAUGUCAUUGCACUGGAUGGAGUUUUUUUUCCAUAGCAACAGCCUCUGAGGCUCAUGGGUACUGCAGUACUUUGAGCCUUUCAACAAACAUUACAUUCUCUGUUAUUGCUCUGUUACUUUUCAUUUCAUCAACUGUCAAUUGUGUAUUUAAUUUUGUUAAACACUGAUGUAACUCUUGGAUAAUGUGCCUUAGUGAUAAAACUGCUUUCUGUUCUGUUUCAUCUUAAAUAGUCGAAACUAAAACUGACCUUUUUUUGGCACAAAUUCAGCUGUAAUUCUGUUGUAUACUGAUCAUUCCGUCAUGUUGUGAGUAAUUUAAGAUUAUGACAAAUCAUUAAAACAGGGACUGAGAGCA